CCAGAGCAGAGAGGACCCCCUCCUCUCCAAAAUCCACUGGUCUAAUCCACGUUAUGUGUCAGCUUGGAUAGAGGCUGAACAUUAGAAACUCUAAAGGAGAGAUAGAAGCUGCCUGUUGUGGAUAUUAUCGACCACCAUGGCUUCCACUCCCUCCGCCUCUGCCUUGUCUGCUGUCCUCCGAUGUCGGGGAAAUAUCUGGACCAGGAAUCCGCAGACCAAGCGGCCUGCCACCGCGGCGUACAGCCUCGGGCUGCCCGGAGGCUCUCCAGCUGAGCGCAGCCGGUCCAAGCAGGCGUCAGCGUGGGAGACUUUCCUCCAAGGAGACCGCGUUCUGGUGGGAACAAGUCUGACUGUGGCUUAUAAAUCGUCCCGGGUUAAUGGCAACAUAUUGAGAGGAAAAGAUUCCCGUGAAAUUAAUACAUUAUGUCACCCAAAACUUUCGCAAUCACCAGGGGACGCGCGCUCAGCUGUGCAUGGUGUCCAAAACGCGCUGGUGCGUCAGCUGGCACGCACACUGAGUUCCAACCUGCCCGGAUUGGACAAAUGCUCCCAAAUAAUUCAAAAGAUUAAAUACGACACAUAUGCUGCACACAUCUCUAACAAAGUAUUUGUUCAGGAACCCAGAGAAUUACAAUAUUUCAAAGUGUCCAUAACGUCCCCAUGUUUGUUGGGAACCGCAGGACAAAUCCCGUCUCUCGUGGUAACUGGCUGGUCAGCCCUGAAGAGCACCUGCUGCUCUCUGACUGCUCUGCUCUCACAGUUUGUGUUUUUGAAGCUGGUGGUGUUGUGGAGGUCCAGCAGCAGCCCCGGUGAUGCGCCACAGCAGCCAAACAUCAAAAACAUUGUCCUGCAGGAAAACGGACAAAUCCACAGUCCCACUGACUUCCCCUGCUCCGAGGACAACUCCAGCUCUGGACAAAUGAUCCCAGAGGACAGACCUGACUGAGAGUCCAAGGCCUCCUCACCAAACAGACACACUGUGAUCUAACCUUAUUUAUUGACUUUCCCAAAGCACAAAGCACAUUUGGACUUUAACCCAGUGAUAUAAGCAAACAUGCAGCUGUUUUUAGAGCUUUCUUUUUUUUUUUAAAGUAAGACACCAUUACUGUAACAAAAAAAUACCUAAAAUUAUGAAGCACAUGCAAAAUGUGUAGUCUUCAGUUGGAGAGUAUUCAAAGCCUCCUGGUGGAUAAUAAAAUAAUGGCAGUGCAUUUUAUUUCCAAGCUUACCCAGUUGCAAUAAAGGAAUGGAGUAAAAGUAUAAUGUUUCACAAAAUGGAAAUAUUCAAACAAAAUCUGAGUGAAAACUGUAAAUGUUGAAGUCUUUUUUAAAUGUUUACUUUUUUUUCACUGAAAUAUUUUGGAGGGAAAUAUAUAUUAAUAUUUAGUGUAUAUGCCCACAUGUUUUUAAGUAUGUGCUGAAAGUCAAGAUUGCUGGCAUCAAAAUAGUGGAACAGGUAAUUUAAAUAAUUUACUAAAAUGUAAAAGCAAAAUGUACUUCAGGCAUGACAGGUAAUAUUACUUUAUUAUUAUUAUGCAGCAGAAUUGUUGCUGCAUUAUCACAUGCUAUAUAUACAUUUGACAGCAGUAGAAGGACAUUAAACCAAGUACUGGACAAAAGUACAGUUUUGUGCCACCAACUUGAAUAUUAAUAUUCAAUGCUACUUUAUAGUUGUACUGUAUUACAUUUUAAGAGGCAAAUUAUACACUUUUUACUCUACAGACUGAUUUAUUUGACAACUACUCAGAGAUAAGUUUUAACAGAACAUUAAAAUAUUUUUUUCAUAUUAAAACUUUUACUUUAAGGCUGGAUUUUCACUUGCAUGGAGUUUUUUUACUUACUUUAAUUACUACUUAGGUACUACUUUUUUCACCGCUGAUGAUUGGAGUUUUAUGAACCUAUGAGGAGCCUUAUAAUGUUAUAGUUUGGCUAAUUUUCACUACUUGAAUACUGCUGGACUGUUUCGUGUGUAACUGGUUGUAAAAGAUAGUUGAUUACAGUUGAGUAUUUGUUUCCAUUUUGAAUGUAGUUGGUUUGAAGUAGGAUUAAAUGCAAAUUAUAGUGUGAUUACUUUUAUAAUAGGAUACUUAAAAGCUACACUCGAAUGAAUGUAUUCAGGUUUCCACUUUGUUAUUUUUUUUUACAUUUACACCCAAUGACAAACAUCACACAAACAUUCAACGAAAUAUCUAUAACAAAGGCAAAUGCGACAAAUCAAUAAAACAUGAAUUGAUUAAAUAAAAUAGUAAGGUAACAUAAACCGAAACAACACUUGGGCAGGAGCAACAUUUUAGAAAUUGCACCGUUAUAUUGGACAAGGAUGAACAAGGAAUUUCCAGUAAGUACAGGUCAUAAGCUUGUGUAAAUUGUUAUUAAGCCUGAUGAUAUGUAUAUAUAUAUAUAUAUA